UCAGACCCAAGCUCCCUGCUUCCCCCGGGAAGGUCGUGUCUUGGGUCACGUGCUUUCCUUUCUCUUGGCCACACGACUGCCGGGUCACCUGACAGAUCUGGGUUUGCCUUUUAAAAAUCGGCCAAACUCCUUCCCGAAGCAGCAGCACCAUUUUGCGUUCCCGCCGGCAGUGUGUGAGGCUUCUGCUUCCUCCCCGUCCUCACCAACACUUGUUAUGGUCCGUCUUUUUAAUUUUGGCCGUAAUUCGCGCCCGGCGGGUGUGGAUGGGACCUUGCUGUGGCUUCAGUGUGCGUUCCCCGGAGGACCGUCCGUGCUGAGCGUCUCGUGCCUUAUUAGCGGUGUGCCUCUCCCCCAGGGAAGGGUCUGGUUUGAUGUUGUGUGUGUGUGUGUGCCCGUUGAAAAAUGGGAUUGUUUGUCUUCCUGCAUUUUGAGUGGUUUACAUAAUCUGGAUUCAAGCCUUUUUUGUUGGAUAUGUGACUCACAGGUAUUUCCUGCCAGCCUAUCCCUUGUGUCCUCACUUACUAACGAUGUCUCGAGUGUCGAUGGCAUUUUAUCAGUUUCUUUUAUUGGUUGUGUUUUUGGGGUCGUAUCUGAGACAUCUUCACCUAACCCAAGGUCGUGAAGAUGUACCCACGUUUCUUUCUGAACAGCCGUGGUUUUAGACCUUACGUUAAGGUCUGCGAUCCAUUCUGAGUUAAUUUUUUUUCCAAAACUGACACAAUGGUCAGUGUGUGUGUGUGUUGUUUUUUUUUUUAACAUUUAUUUAUUUUUGAAGGAGAGAGAGACAGAGUGUGAGUGGGGGAGGGACAGAGAGAGAGGGAGACACAGAAUCCGAAGCCGGCUCCAGGCUCCGAGCUGUCGGCACAGAGCCCGACACGGGGCUCGACUUCAUGAACCGGGAGAUCAUGACCUGAGCCCAAGUCGGACGCUCUACCGACUGAGCCACCCAGGUGCCCCCUGAGUUAAUUUUUAUAUACAGUGUAUGAUUUUGUCUGUGCCGAGAUAGGGGGUCUGUGUUUGUGGUGUUUGCACGUGGCUGUCCCAGCACGAUUCAUCGGGGGAAAAAACACCCAAACUGCUUUUGCCCCCGUUGAAUUGCCGUGGCCCCUUUACCGAACCUCCAUCAGUGCGUUUGAUGCCCCAGCUUUCUCUUCUCUCCCCCCUCCUCUUGCUCAUAGCGGUGGUGGGCACAGUGGCUGAGCGUAACUCUGACCCCUACUGGAAGUAUAUCACCGCGUGAUCAGAUCUGCCCAGAGCCGGCGGCCCUCGGUUGGUCAAAGGCACUGUGGUCCCGUGCACAGCAUAGGCCUGGCUCUGCCACUUGCCGGCUGUGUGAUCUGGGCUAAGUUUCUUAAUCGGUCCCUGCCUCAGUUUCCCCACCACCUUGCGGGGUUAUUAGAAGAAAGAUGAGCCAAAACGCAUAAGGUGCUGGAAGGGGGCCCCGCACAGCGACGGUCGGCUGUUCCACGGACGCGUGCCGUGUCCCGACUCCCACCAUGCCUCUGGGCUGGCCUUGCUCAGCCCACAGAAAUGAGAGCAGGGAGGGGUGGUGGAGGGGCGCUCGGCACAGCCUGCAGCUGUCCAGGGAGGGGCUCCUUUAGCCCACCAGCCUGGCUCAUCUUGUUAUCAGCUGCAAGGGGCCACAGAUGUGACUCCACACCUUUUUGGUGUAAACGCCCCCCCUUUUCUGGGAAGGCGGGCAGAGCCCGGGUCCCUUCCUGAGGCCGGAGCGUCCCCCUCUGAUAAUCCCACGAGUGAAGAGCUGCGAAUCCUGAGAAGAGAAGCUUAACCCCCUCUCUGAUUGGUUUGCCCUGGAUUCUGGUGCCAAACGUGCGUGCACACUUGCCUGCACACGCACACCCUUGCACACGUGCACACACAUCCUGCCUAGCAGGCUCCUCGUCCUCCUCCUCCCUUUCCCCCUGCCAUUUACAAGCAGCUCCCCCUGCAGAGACCAGACCCUCGCCCCCUUCCGCCCCUGCCUGAGUCCCGAUGCGUCUCUACCUCGGGGUGGGGGUCUCUACCUCGGCACUGCUGACGUGUGGGGCUGAACCAGCGUUCGUCGUGGGGACCGUCCCGGGGCAGCGCGGGAUGGGGAGCAGCGUCCCAGGCCUCCACAUACCAGACGCUGGCGUGUCGUGACAGCAAAGCGUGUGUCCAGACAUUGCCGCGUGUCCCCUGCAGAGCAGACCCACGCCCCACCGGAAACAGUCGCCCUGCGGGAUCUUGUUAGAGGGGCUCGCUCUGCUCAGAGCGUUCCGGGCCGCCGCGUGCGUCUCCUGUCCUCGCGUGUCCUCGGCCCCUGGCGCCUUGGCCCCCACCACCCUCCCUCCGAAGCCGUGUCCGCGGAGGCCGCCGACAUGAGAAGAAACACAGGCAGAACCGCUCAGCCGUGUUCCAGACCCAACCACGAAGCCCCGCUUUUGAGGCGGAAGCACAGAUUGCCCCAAGCCCGCGAGAGAGGAGACCUCGCUCUGCAGAGAGGACAAGACCGCCAGCAGCCCCAGCGCCUGGCCGAGGGGCCGAAGUCAGGGUCCCCGAGCCCACGAGCGCGAGGCCCGGAGAGGCCGUGUUUAGCGCAUCUGUUCGGUGUCGCGGGAGGACAGGCCAGGGAGCACCCACCUGACUUGGAGGGGCCUGCCCAGCGAGGAGCGGCCCGGCUGCAGGGGGCCGGGGAGAAGCACAGAGCAGAGAGGAGUCACCCAGAGGAGCCGGUGAGACCGCAGCCCCAGCGCACCAAGAGGAAGGCGGUGGGCACGGAGAAGCGGGGGGCUACCAAAGCCACGGGCCUGACCCGUCGCCCCCGCCGCGCCCCAGAGAAGAAUAAGGGGAAGCGAGUGCCUUCGACAAAGACCGGCGGUGGCCGCCGUCCCGCUGACCCGCAGGUGAGCAGAGGGGUGAGCACAGAAAAGCUGUCGGCUGCCGUGGAGGGACCGGAAGGUCUGGAGAAAAGGGAGAGAGAAGGAGCCUGGGACGGCAGGAGGCAGCCGGGAGAGGAGGCGCGUUCGCCCGUCCAAGGCCUGGAAAACAACCGUCUGGAUCAGGGUCCCCGGGGAAAAGCGCAAGACCUAGAGCAGCUGUGGCCGCUUGGCUCUCCCCUCAGAAGGGGAGCCACGUCACCGGUGUCCCUGCGCUGGCACGGUGACAGGAGCAGGUGGCAGAGGGAGCUGGAGUUUGCCUUCGAAGAGUUGUUUGACACCAACAGAAAGCUGAAGGAACACCUCAUCUUGAACCUUGCACCCAGGCCCGGGGCGGAUCACAACCCCGGCGGGGAGCACGGCCUCUCGGGGAUGCAAGGCCACGGAGGCGAGACCCAAAGAGACCAGAAGACGGGAGGUGUGGAGACGGAAAUGGAUCCUGGCAGGGAGUCCAUGCGACCCGCGGAUGUGGACGCCCGCCAGACGGCGUCCCGAGACAGUUGGAGAAAGUUCCUGAGCGAGCUCGAGAACCAGAAGUAUCACAGGUUGGCCAAGCUCACGUUUAGGAAUGAGAGUAAGCCGUCGUUUCCCCAGGCAGGAGGGUCUGUCGGUGAAGAGACCCGGGUCCCGUGCUCCAGCUCUGGGCAGGCACCGGCCGGGCUCGACCCGCUGGCCGGGGGCCCCCGUCGCCCUGCCCCACGAGACCUGCCAGACGGAGCUGGCUGCAUGGCAUUGCCGCCCAGGCGGAGGGCGGAGACGGGGCGGGGGCCGGGUCGGCAGACGGGACCCCAGGGGCUGAGCUGGGGAGCCCACCCCCAGACUGAGCUGGAGGAGCCCAGAGAACAGGGAAGGGCGUGCGUGGCUCUUCUGAAGUCCCCCUCCUCCCGAGACCCGGACGAGGAAGGGCCGUAUGAAGGCGACGCCACUUCCCCCUGGCCCUCUGGCUUCGCGGACGAUGACGGGCACAGUCAGAUGAUCCGUGACCUUCAGCAGCAAAUUGAAGAACAAAACAAGUUGCACAAGCAGUUUCUCGAAGACGCCAGGAAACGCUUGCAGGAGUUCCAGAGGAUGUGAUAAGCGCGAGAGUUCCUCCCGCAAUAAAUACACCGUUGGUACCCAAGCCCGUGCCCUCUGUGUCUGCGUCACCCGCUCAGGAGCCAGUAGGCAC